AGUAGCGGGGAUGCUGGCGCCGCGGGCUGCCCGGAGCUAGCAAGUGCCGUGUUGCGCCGAGCUGCCGAACUGAGCUGUGCGUCCGCUGCCGUACCGUGCGCUGCGGGAAGCGGGGCGUCGCGUUGUUGUCGAAACCAUGGAUACCGGAGGGGACGGCGGCGGCGGCGGUGGUGGCGACCCACUGCAGGACAUCGACUGCAACAUCGUGCUCGUCGGCGACUCCAAGUGCGGCAAGACGGCGCUCGUCGAGAGGUUCGUCUCGGACAAAUUUGUCGAGGUGUACACGCCUACCGGCUUCGAAAAGUACGCGUCGACGUACAACGUGGCGGACUACAGGAUCCGCUUCGCCGUCUGGGACACGUCUGGUUCUGCGGCUUACGAUACGGUGCGACCUUUGGCCUAUCAGGAUGCAAAGGUGUUCCUGUUGUGCUUCAGGGUCAGUGAUCCCGACUCCCUUGACAACGCUGUCAACAAGUGGUACCCGGAGAUCCGGCAGCACUGCGACAACACGCCGGUAAUCCUGUGCGGCUGCCAGAGCGACCUGCGGAACGACAUCGAGACCAUCUCUGCGCUGGCCAAGCUGCAUCACGCGCCCGUCUCAUCGGAGCAGGCUGUGUCCGUGAGUCGCACCAUCUGCGCCACAACGUACGUGGAAACGUCGGCCAAGGCGUCGGCCAAGGCGGUGCGCGACGCCUUCGAGGUGGCGGCGCUGGCGGCCCUGGGCAAGCUCAACAAGCACCACGCGCUGCUGCUGCAGCAGCGCGGCCGCGGCUACCCCUGCAAGAGCAAGCUGGACCUGAAGGCCGAGCUCAAGGGCCGCGCCAAGAGCUGCAGCAUCAUGUGAUGCCCGCCGCCCACACCACCGACGUCGACACCAGUGCCACGACCGCUGCGCGGCGCGUAGCUGCAGUCGGCACCGCCACUGCGCUAGCAGAGGUGGCUGGUGACAGCUGCCUCGCACGAGCCCAGCUGGCGAAGGCACUUCCGGCCUGCACGACACACAAGCCCGGUCUUGAAGAUGGUCGUCAGUCAAAAUUAUGAACUCCGAAGGAAGGUGUAUAAAUGGCAACUCAAUCAGUGACGGAAUACAGCGAAACAUAUGGCUGUCGCCCUUCGAAAAAUGCAUACUAUUGGGAACAUUACGGAGAGGUAGAUGUGUGAUACUAACAACAUGUAAGCGAAUACUACCUUUCGCGGCCAAUUUCUUUGAUGAAAUCUUACCUGUUUAUGAUCCUGAAUAAUAGCUUCGUUCCGACGCUAUUUGUCCAAAGGAUGACAAACUGGAAACUCGUCGAAUCUUGUUCCACGACGAGAAUUUAAGAGAAAGAAAUUCACAAACGGAGCAAGUCAAUAACGCGUUGGUCCGCCUCUGGCCCAUAUGAAACCAAUUAUUGGGCGUAAUCCAGAUUUAUGACUUCUGAACUUUUACUUUACAAUAAUUUUAAAAUAAUUUACAGCUAAUGAAGUAGCUACAUUCAUUGCAAAAUAUUUUUGUUCUCAAGAUAAUAAAUGCCUAGAAAACAUAAGCCUGUCAAUAGUACUGCCUUUAGGUCCAAAAAUUUAUACAGUUCCGCACUUCUCUGCACAAAUGUUACCAAACAUCUGUGUGCCGUAUCUGGACUGACUUAAACCGUUUCUGUACUUUAUCUUUCAAAGAUAUAUGCGUAUCUGUACCAAUUCCACAGACAUACACAAAAUACACUCUACGAAAGAAAGAAAAAAACGAUGAAUUAAUUAUCAGAAUGGGACAGAUAUCGGCAGGCAGAUUGUACACACAAACCAGUCAUUAAAAUUUCAGAAAAAUUGGAUUAUUUAUUCAAGGGAAAAACCAUCGAGAACUGAGCAAGUCAAUAACCCACUGGUCCACCUAUGAUGUUUAUUCUAGCUCUCAUUCGGCUUAGCACUGUUUGGCAGAGUUCUUCGAUGUCCUCAUGUCGAAUAUCGUGCAAAAUUCUGUCCAAUUGGCGCGUUAGAUCGCCAGAGAUUGACACAAUAUCCUUCAAGAGGACAUCCAACAACUGUAUCAAUCAAUGCCAAGCCGAAUAAUGUUUUUAUAAGGGCAAAAGGCGGACCAAGGCGUCUUUGAUUAGCUCAUUCUACGAAGCUCUUUGUCUUGAAUGAAUCAUCCAACUUUUCUGAAAUUGAAAUCAUUUGUUGCUCCGUACAUGUACAUUAUAUCUUCUGAUUUCCAUCCCGUUCGGAUACUUCCUUUUUUGUAGCGCUUCGAUUAUUUUUGAAGAGUUUAAUUUAAUUAAAUUUAUGACUCCAAUAAAGAAAGUUGAUCAAGGAUUAGACAUGCUUCACCCAUAUUUCUGGCAUUCAAUUCCAAAUAAAAUCAGUCUCUUCUUUCGAAAAAUCCAUUGAAGUUUAACACAAUAUGAUGCAUGUAUGCUGGUGCUGCAGCCAUUGUUGUUUGAACUGUACAAUGUUCUUGGUUCCCAAUCCGUGACUUCUUUUUGUUUUUCACGGAAUGUACUAGAUAAAAGAACAAGAAAUUGCAGCUUUUCGCUUCGAAGCUCUUGAAGCACAGAUCUCAUAAAAAAAAACCACCUCAGAGUGGGCAUGGACCAUUUCGUGGGUCCUAAUAAGAGUGACAAGAGAAAUGUUAGGAAACAAUUGUAGCAAAUACUUUAGUAUGUACUUGUUUAAAUGGAGAUAUGGAGAUGCAAAAUGCUUUUUUUUUUUUUUGAUCCGCUAUUCAUUAACAAGUUACUUCGUUGAAAUGGCAUACAGUAAUAACAAUACCUAUUGCCACAGACUUCAGGAAAUAACAAAUUCGACAAUGAUUAUUCAUUUUUUGGUGGAUUUUCGCUAAGAAAGUAAUAGUGAUGCAAAUGUUAAUCACAUAAAAUAUGUUUCCCACUAACUAAAAUUAAUGGCACAAAUUUUUAUACUGAGAACUUAGACCAUUCAGAUUACACUGACAACGCACAAACUGUCAUAUGGUAACGAUUUUCGCGUUACUUUCCGUCCUUAAAUGUUGAAAAUUGCAGUAUCUGGCUUAUGACAAGAAGGUGUCCUGACUCAUGCUACUGGAAGAUAACAGUGCUCUUGGGUUUAUACGUUAUCAUUGUGCGAGUAAUUUGAUUCGAAUUUACUCUUUUUCGCAGAGGUGUUUCCGUUACCCAAAUCAAUUCUGUUCCUUGUAAUUCCAAGUUAGAAACAACUAGCUUAGUUGCAGAGUUUUCACAAUAUCAGACUUGCUUAGAAUAACAGAUAUCAUAAGUCUGCUCCUUUUCAUCAAGAUAAUUUUGGCAGUUAGUUUGCUGCAAAAUACCUCUUGAAUAUAUUCUCAAUGAAGGUUAGAUUAGCAGUACGACAAAAAAACCUUGUAGUAUUAGACAAUUAGGUACAUGACUCGACACUUGAUUCAACAUCUAUAAGUGUGUGACUUUUAGGUAAUAUGUUUUGCAUCAGUUCUGCAAUGAUUUAUGUCAUUUGUGAAAUUGUGUAGUGAUCUAAUGCCCUCUCGUGUGAACAUCAUUCAUGUAUGACACUUGUUACUCAUAGAACGUCCACAUAUUUGUCACUACCAGAUCAAAUGUAAUGCUAUAGUUAAUAAUAAGACGAUACCUUUAGAUCUUAAAAGCAGUGGUUAAAUAUGUGAAGACUGAGAAGUUAAAAGAACAUCACAUAAAUUGUCAAGCAAUUUUCUUCAUACAUUGGCGUGAGUUCAAUGUUUUAGAACGUAUUGUAUCUUGUGAGUGCUUUCUAAUUACAGCUUAAAACCUGACACAGAGCAUCUGUCAACUGUCUGCAUAUAUUUGGGUGAGAUAAAUGGUUUUCAGCCUCUGGUAAGUUGUGAGUACUUUCUGAUUACAAUAUAUACAGUUCAACACAAGAUUAUAAAAUUGUUGGAAAAUAUGAGAAGUGUAUGUUUAGAUAAAUAAUUCUUGAUUAAAGAUAAAAAUGUAAAAAGUAAAUUUAUUUCACACUAAUAAAGCAGAGAAUCUAUGUUAUUAGUUUAAAAUUCAGUAAUGAGGAAAAUGUUGUGGAUAUAAAUAAAGUUAAAGAGUGCCAGUCUUAUGUAGAUAUAUUUAAUGAAGGUAUGUAACAUUAAAAUGUUUAACUUGAAUCUAUAGGCAGUGUUUAUGCCACACAGUUGAAAAGAAAGUCACUUAAAUUUUUAUAAUAUUACAAAUUGUUGUGUUUGAGAUGUAGUGAUAAUGGGACUGGUGAUUUACUGAACUGAAUUACGUGAGUUUGAUAUACCACUGACCUGUCAGUGAGUUUAGAAUAUUACUAUUUUUGUACUUAUUGUGUACUGUAGAAGUAGCUUCUUACAGUUAUUGAAUAAUAAUAUGAAAAAUGUACUUUCAUUAUUAAAGAUUUUCAGAGCUCUGCAGCUGAGAUUGUAUACAUACCCAUAUAAUUUGUUAACGAUAACUGUACUGUGCAUUUAACUGAAACAGCAGUUUUUCAUUGUUUACCAAGCAUUUAGUGUCAUAUAGUUAACAAAUCCUUGAAAAUGCAUAGUACUUUAUUUCUGUCUGGUUGCUUUAAAGGAAUCUGUUUCAGGACAUCAAUAUUACAGGAAAAAUGUUGUAAAUAUUGUGUACAGAUGUGGAACUAUAAUGUUAUUGAUAUGCAAAAGUACCUAUGUUGUCUUGUGCAGAUAUUUCAAAUGAAAAUAAUGAAUGUGAAGUAAUAGCUGUAAAGUACACCUUAUGAUUUAAUUUUCAUCAAAAUACCAACAUACUAUCUAAAAAUAGAGAAAAUAUUCACACUCUCAAAGGUAACACAGGAUUUUAAUGAACUCUUACCUUGUUUGAUAGCUCUGAACUGACAUUAAUGAAUUCCAUUUACUAGAUAGAAGGAUCUGAUUCUAUUAGCAUACAUUUGGCUGCAUAAUGUGUAUGCUGAGUAGCUACACUAUUUAAUUGAAAAUAUGAAAAAAUGUUUCACCUACAAACAUCUUUUGAUAUUUUGGAUGACUGUCAAAAUCUGAGGUGAGCUGUUUCAAGUUUUCUAGAAGUGCAAAUAAAUAGUGAGGAAACACAUACAUAUCCAAAACAGUACCUUAAAAUCACUGUGGUAUAGGUACCUGUAAACAGCAGUUGAUGGCAGUUCUGGUAUGAAAUUAAAGAAAUGGAUUGUACUGAUUUACACUACCUGUUAUAAAGUGAUAAAUAUCGUAUAUGAAUGAAAACAGAUUGGCAAAAGUAAUGCAACAAAAGCUAUCACAUGACAGAAAACGUGUUUUAGAAAUAAAUUUGUUUACAUGACAGGUCAAACCAAAAAUUAAUUACUGCAUUGGAACAUGUUCAGUGAUAUUAUGUAUUAUCUGCUGCACAAGUUAGUAUUACAUUGUUUUUAAAUCUUGGCAUCAUCAGUUUCAGUUACCAUGUGUUUCAGAAAAAUGUGCCAUUUUAAAAUUAUUUUGAUGGUAAAUGUUCAGUAAUGUAUGCGCACAAAGUUGUACUUUCACUUUGAAACGUAAAUUUUCCCUGUUGUUGGUGGUUCAUCAAUGUAUCAGUAAAACUUAUGUAGCAAAUAAGCUGUACUAGUAAAUUUAAUUAUCUAAGAUACUGAAACUGCUAAAGCUCUAUCCUUUGAUAAGCUCAAGAGUUUACUUUAAUGUAAAAUGUUUCAGCAGUUCGGAAUUUACUUUGUAUUUCUAUGGCGUAAUGUUUCUAAUAAUGAGACAAACAUGAUGGCUGAGAGAAAAGGCCUACGAAGUGUAAAUAUGUAAUAUAUUAGUAUCAACACUUUCAGACAUAAUGUAUUUUCCAUGUUGUUAUAAUAGCUUUGUACAAUGAGGAAACAACUAUGACAUAGAUAGAUCAUUAGUGCAACACUUUCGUGUGAAUGGUAUCCAUACCAUAUACCCCAGACACUAACACGUUAGACAUACAUUUUACCUGCCUUCAAUGUAUUGUAAGUGUAAUAAAUAUAUAUACUGGAUUGAGAA